AUGGAUGACGAACUUGAAGAUUAUAUUGUCGAACAAAUUGUCGACAAGCAAAUUGACGACGAAAACGUUAAAUAUCUUGUAAAAUGGGAGGGUUACAGCUCUUCUGAAAAUACCUGGGAACCUUUGGAAAACAUGAUAGAUUCUAUGGAUUUGGUCACUGAGUUUGAAAACAAGUGUCGCAAUGCCCGUCGUUCAAAAAGAGUUGUCAAUUACGCUGAAAAGGAAAGCGAAUCGCCAACUGAUGUAAAGAAUAAUGACACUGUUUCUGAAGAUGCUGACGAUGACGACUAUCUAGCAGAGGACGAAGAGGAAAGCGAAAAUGAUGACGUUCACAUGGAGGCGGAAAAAGAAAAUGAUGAUGAUAACAGUGUUCACGCAGCCGAUAAAAGCGAUUCUGAUGAGGAAAAUGUCGUCAAGCACUUCUCGACCGGUGAUAAGCAAACUGCCGCAUAUUCUAACGACUUAGUUGACGCUAAAUUUGCUGGAACAACUCAAGCUAAGCAAACAACUUUGAUAAUAGUAGAAGGGCCAUCAGCUAUGAAAGCAGUCAAAUCUGGCUUAUUUGUGCUUGAAAAAAACUUUUUCGGAAUUCUUUCACUUCAAGGCAAACUGAUCAACGCAAAGGAUUCAAUUGACGCAAGAGUGAAAAGCAACAAAUGGAUUAAAUUGAUUGUCAGCAGCCUAGGAUUGGACUUUAACAAAAAGUACACUACAAAAAGUGAACAAGAGGAAUUGCGCUACGGAAAAAUUCUAAUUAUGUCAGAUCCUGACGUCUUGGAAGUCUUCCUUCUACUCAAGUUAUUGAAUCGUUUGCAAACUUGA